AUGAGAACCAAUCACUUGGAAGAUGCAAAUAAACUUUUCUUGAAAGGUGCUAGAGAUGGGAUGAGAGCAACAGAUCAGCUUUAUGAUAUGAUGAUUGAAGAAGAUUGCAAAGCUGGAGAUCAUUCUAAUGUCGAAAUGGAGGCAGCUGGCUACAUGUGGAUUCCCAAGGUUGCUUAUGCGACAUUUGAAAAUAUGGAGUAUGGCCAAGAUUUUGUGAAGCCCGACACUGAGACAUAUAACUGGGUGAUCCAAGCCUAUACAAGAGCUGAGUCAUAUAUGAUAGGUAAUUCAUAUGAGGAAGCAAUUAGACAUUUUCGUGUGCUGAAAAAAUUUGAAGGAGGAACAAUAGUUUUCCUCAAUGCAGGGAACUUUGAGGAUCCUCUCUCUUUGUAUCUCCGGGCUUUGUGUCGAGAAGGAAGAAUUGUCGAUCUUAUAGAUGAUGCAAUGCGCAAAGAUAACCAAUCUAUACCUCCAAGAGCCAUGAUUAUGAGCAGAAAAUAUCGAACACUAGUACAUAGGUUUAUAUACUCAAACCCUAUUGAAACUUCCAUUAAACAGAGAUGCCUUGAAGAUUGGAAAAUUCACCAUAGGAGGCUCUUGAGAACCUUACAGAGUGAAGGUCUUCCAGUUUUAGGAGAUGCAUCAGAAUCUGAUUACAUGAGAGUGAUUGAGAGAUUACGGAACAUAAUAAGAGGUCCUGCACAGAAUCUUUUGAAGCCGAAAGCAGCAAGCAAGAUGGUUGUAUCAGAGUUAAAGGAAGAACUUGAAGCUCAGGGUUUGCCAAAUGAUGGAACAAGGAAUUUUCUUUACGAGCGAGUCCAAAAAGCAAGGAGAAUAAACAAAUCUCGAGGUCGACCUCUUUGGGUUCCUCCAAUUGAAGAAGAAGAGGAGGAGGUAGCUGACGAAUUAAUAUGUCGAAUCAAGCUACAUGAAGGAGACACGGAGUUCUGGAAACGUCGGUUUCUUGGAGAAGGCUUGAUUAGAACUUCAGUUGAAUCCAACGAAACAGCUGAAACAGUAGCUACAGUUGAGUCGGAGAACAAAAUUAAAGAUGUUGCAAAAGAAGUUGAUGAUGAUGAGGAGGAGGAAGAACAGGAAGGGGAUGAUGAAAAUGAGGAGGAAGAAGUGGUAGUUGCAGAAACUGAGAGGUCGAGCAGAAGGAGAGGAUUUAGUUAA